AGCAUCACAUGACGCGCGUGCAUUCGUCCGGGAUGGAGGAGGAGCAGCACCCGGCACGACAGUAAAUCUGCGACUUUUGUGCGCGCAGUGUCACAGCCUAACACACACACACACACAGAGAGACACACACACACACACACAACUACUACUACUGCUACACACUCGAACUGUACGUGCAAAUCGUACGCGCGACGAUGCACUCGGCUCUGCACGUGAACGCGCUCCUGUCUCGAUUCGCCACGGGCCUCCCCGCCGCUGCCCGCCUGCCCACGGCGCGCCGGAGCAGUGACCACCCGGGCGAUGAAGGGGGGCAGAGCGCCCCCCACGGGGAGAAACAGCAGCAACAGCAGCUGCAGCUGCAGCAGCCGAGCACCGCCGCGACCUCCUGCCCGCCGCCCGCAGGUCACACCGGUGACCCGGCCUUCGUGCGCGGCCUUCACGCGGCGUUCGCUUUCGAGCGCGGGGCCCGGGCCGCGUGGGCCCAGCGGGGAGAGAGGCCCUCUCUGCAAGGCGGCGGUGGUGGUGGUGGCGGUGGUGGUGGUGGCGGUGGUGGCGGUGGUGGCGGUGGCGGUGGCGGUGGUGGCGGUGGUGGUGGCCCCGUUUACCCGUGGAUGAGGAGCUCAGGACACGACGCGAGGAAGGGCGGCAGGAGGAGCUACUCGCGCCACCAGAGCCUCGAGCUCGAGAAGGAGUUCCACUUCAACCGCUACCUCGCCCGGAGACGGCGGGUCGAGAUCGCGCACUCGCUGUGCCUGAGCGAGCGCCAGGUCAAGAUCUGGUUCCAGAACCGGCGCAUGAAGUGGAAGAAGGAGCGUCGAGGCAUUGACGCGCAGCGGGAAGAGGAGGAGGAGGAGGAGAUGGUGGACGAGGUGGAGGACGAGGUGGAGGUGGAGGUGGGGGAGAGACAAAGCGGCGAGAAGACGGUGGACAUCAAGGAGUGAGCCGUGGUCUGGCCGCGUGAUUCGCUGAACAUGAAGUCUUGACUUAAAGCUUUUCGUGGCUGCAGGAAUUCAUAUUCUUUGGGUCUUUCAGUAAAGUUACGUAUAUAGGUUGAAAGAAAAUAAAAUAGCAAGAAAACUACGACGUUUCGAUCGCAAACACAACCCAUCUGCGUGGCUUUAACGAAAGACCCAAAUAAAAACGCUGGACAUUUGUACGCAAUUGCAACGCGCUCGCACUACUGUAGAGACAAAGAUCCCCCGUAUAGCCUUUAACAGACUGUUGAGGCAAGUGCUGUUGGCGAGAACCUAUGAAGGCCGCAACGGCAAAACGACACUGUGGGUGACCGGCACCACGCCCGGCCGCCUUUGUCUCCCCCAGUAGCGAUGUUUGCACACCGCACUGGGUGCUCGUUUGAGGUUGAGUCGACCUAGGGGAGGCCCAAUACCGGCUCGAAUCAUCGUCACCGGUGUUCGGCCGUGAGCGGGAAUCGAACGCAGGUGGCCGGGUUCGUAGCGCAGGUACACGGUGACACGUGCGUUCCGGUUGUUGGUCCGAGUCGCCGUGCGCACAGAGAAAGCCUGAACAGCGUUGUUGGGGCAAGUGCUGUUAGCGAUCAUCACCUAUGAAAGGCCGCCACUGUGGCACACGAGGGGGCUAAUGGAGUGACCAACACCACGCCCGGCCACCUUGGUCUUCCCAGUGCUGAUAUCUACACACACCGCAUUGGGUGCUCGUCAAAGAUUGAGUCGACCUAGGCAAGUCCCGUGACUCGAUCAGAUGAGUAGCCGUGGGUGGGAAUUGAAUUCGGGUCGCCGGGAUUUUUCUGUUGCGUGUAGUCACUUUAAGGUGUGUCUUGUUCAUGUUUUGGUUGCGGUUGCACCCGAGUCAAGAUCCGCAUGGCUCACAUGGUGAGUCCAUGUGUGUGUAUGCGUGCGUGUAAGUCGAUCUGUUUCUAUGUGUGUGUGGGUCGAUGUCUGUGUGUAAGUCGAUGUGUGUGUCUGUCUUUUUCGCCCGGGCAACGCCGGGUAGUUACCGCUAGUACCUGAUAAAGGAAACUGAAAACUAACCACGACACCACCGCUCCCCACGCUGGCGGGCACAGGGGCACGCCACGCUCUCCAGAUGUGUCCUCUGCACCACGUGUCGGCAAACCAGCAUCACAAUGAGAGCCGUAUUUAUAUCCACCGUUUUUUUGUUUUCCUCGCCAAAAGGCAUCGUCUAUUUGGUGUUUGAACAUCUUGACGCCUGCUUUAUUGGCAGAAAGGGUCAAACCUAUUCGUAUUUUUCAUCAAGAAGAUGCAUUUUUUGUUAGAACUCUGUAACAAAUUUUUCUUCUUUUAAAUUUCAAGAGUUGUAGCAACAGCGCGCGUGAACACGAGAGACGGUGGUUCUCAAUAAAUAACGCCCACGAAGCCAGUCCUCUCCAGAGCCUGCACGCCGACCCCCCCCCCCCCCCCCCGCUCGAAACAAUGCGCGCUCAAAAAUGUUUUGGCAGAAGGGGAUAUUAUCACACCCCCUCCCCACAGCCACCCAGACAGGUCCCGAACUUUUCGUUAUUGUCCAAGAUCGCCAGCCACGAUCUCGCCCGCCACCCCCUCCCCUCCAAGCGCUCCGUUUAUUGCGCGAUCACAAUAUCUUGUGCGCCGGGGGGGUGGGGCAGAUUUCAAAGCGAGGCCAUAAACUCCCCAAGCUUUAAAAAAAAACCCAGGCCUUGUGGCCGCUCCAAAAGGAGUCGAGAUGAAUGAACGUGGUGUGUGUGUGUGGGUGCGUGCGUGCGUACGUGCGUGAUGGCCAGUCGGUGGUGCGGUGGUUCGUGACGAUUUGCGCUACGAAACCGACGAGCGGGGUUCCGUUGCACCGAUUGACGACCCGGUAAGAGUGGCGAACGAUUUGAGAAGGGCUCCUGGGCCCCCCGGUCCCAGGGUCGGCUCGCCCGUCGGUGAGUUAUCCGCUGGUGCGUUAGGAUCAGCGUCCGGGAAGACAAAGGCGGUCAGGCGUCGUCGUGGUGGCAGCGUUGACCAAUCUACUGCCUUUCGUGAGUUGCGCCGGCCUUCGUAGGUGCUCGCGAACAAUGCCCUUGGCCCAACGGUCCGGCAAAGGCUAUACGGGGGAUCUUUGCCUGUUGAACGAGUGGUAGGUUGAGUACAAACACGAUGUUGAUUUAUUUCGGCAGAUCCGCGUCUUUAUUUAACAAUAUGAAUAAUAAUGGUGUAGCAAUAACAACAACAAUAAAAACCCCAACAGCAAACAGUUGAAUCUUGAUUUGAAGCUUUCGUGACUGCAGGAAUCCAUACUCUUUGGUUCUUUCGGUAAAGUAUGAAAAUAAAUAAAUAAACCAGUUCACAUCUCAUUUAGUCAACUGACUGCUGGGUGUGAAGACGUCUCACUACAUGUGAAAUCACGGGAGUAGCUGGACCAUACUGCACCGCGGUGGUCAAUGCGGCCUCGUCACAUUGAGCACCCGCGAACUUCCGCUUCAGAUUGUGCCUCGCCAGCGACGUGGAUUGGCCGGUGGCUGCGAAUUGAAAUCGGCCGAGCAAGCCGUGUUCACAUCUCAGCGCGUGAAACAUUUGUGCUCACCUCUCGCAUGCACACACAUAUGUACAGGGUGCUUCUAAAAAUAAUAAUGCGGCACUCAUAUAUGGGACGAUCGUUUUUAGUGGAAAAAAACAACGGAUGAUACACUGUGACGUGAUACACAAAUGUUUGUUAACAGCUUCAAAAAGUCAGAGUCUCCACUCGUUCGCCAUCGUUGUCGACACGAGCCUGGAAUCUUCUCCAGGUGGUCUCCAGAGCUCGGAGGCAACAUUUCUCGUGCUGUUGUUGCAAAUUCUCAGAAUGUUUUACAUUUAUCCGAAGCCCCUGUAUAUGGGAUAACAUAUAUUGCGGAUACGUUGUUGAAUACACAGACUACCCUGGCGUCAAUGUGUUUAUGUUUUCUCAACAUUUUAAAGCGUAUAGUUCUUGUUGUUCAGAGCACGUUCAAUGGAACGCGUACAACUCUAGCGAUAUUCAACUGCAGUCUCGACCACCCAUAACACUCACGGAGAGCGAGAUUAGAUCUGGGAAUCGCUCGCGCCAACGGAAAGAGAGAAAGAGAGAGAGAAAUGAGCGGAGUAAGGGGCCGGAACUGUUAAUUACCACUCGCUAGCCCCCCCCCCCCGGAGUGUUUAUGACUUUGAUAGCAGUCCAGGGCUGAAGGCCCCCCCCCCCAUCUCCCUCCCCCUAUCUCCCCCCCAAUCGCGCCAGGUUGCCUCUCACGCUGCUGUUAUUGCCCUCGGCUGUUAUAUACCUACAGUCAUUUCCGCUCCUCUUUGUAGCUGUCCAGCAAUUAUUAGCCCGCCGCAUUGAAGGGGGCAGCGCUUUGAGGCGUGUGUAGCCGGACACGCAGUGCUUUACCGUGCGAGUGUUUGUUGUUGUUGCUGCUGUUGCGGCGGCGGUGGUGGUGGUGGUGGCUGUUGUUGUUGUUGUCGUCGGUGAGUAAAGUCGGCAUCCUUUUAUUCAAGCAGGAGAAAGGAAUAAACCCAUUGAGACAACGGCUGCAUUUUCUCUCUUCGGCAUGGGCCGAGCUGAGCUCGUAACCAUCGGGGCAUUUAAGUGCACGCAAUGAAAAUAAUAAUGUGAUUUUCAUUUCAAAGGGACAUUUUUUUUUAUUUGAAGAACGCUAGAUUUGAAGUGUUCGUGACUGCAAGGAUCCAUACUCUUUGGUAGAUGAAAAAUAAAAAUAAUAAAAUGAAAAUAUCUAAAUUAAAUCACGACGUUUCGGAGGCAACACAAGCUUCCGUCAUCAGGUGGAACAGCCACAGCAAAAUUACAGUAAUUUUCAUUUUAUUAUUUUUUAUUAUUUUUAUUUUUCAUCUAAGUGACUUUACCGAAAUAACCAAAGAGCAUUUUUUUUUAUUUAAAGCUUUCGUGACUGCAGGGAUUCAUAUUAUUGGUUCUUUUGGUAAAGACUUUACCGAAAGAACCAAGAAUAUGUAACCAAAUAAUUUGAAGAACGCUGCCAAACUGAGAAGCUGAAGCUGCGAACCCGGCGAGAACCGAGUUCGAUCCCCCGCUCACGGCCACCAACACCGCUGUCGAUUAUCUGAACCGGUCGCCUGGGCCUCCCCUAGGUCGACUCGGCCUUAACAAAUGAGGAACCUGGCGGGGGUGUGCAAACAUGGCCCACUCGGGGGGAGACAAAGGCGGCCGGACACGACGCUGGCCACCCACCCACCCACCGCCACGUGCGCCGUGCCGGCCUUCAUCGGUGCUACUCGCUAACAGCACUUGCCCCAAUAGUCUGUUAAGGCUACACGGGGGAUCUUUGUCUUCUUAUUGUGCUCGCUGCUAUCGCACGGACGAGGACUGGGGUGAUGAUGGAGAAUGUCGUUUCUGAGCCGGUUUCGUUCGCGCCUGUUUCAUCGUGUCCAGUGCUCGCCGUGUCCGUGAUGGUUUACUUUCUGCCAGCGAAUUAACGAGGAAGGGUUCGCGAAAAGCGUUUGAUAAUAAUUGUUAUCGCAAUUGCACGAAGCGUUACGUCGAGUUGACAUUGGGAUAACUGUGUAGGCACCAGGACGCAGCACGGAUUGCACAAUGCAUACAAACAUUAAUAGAACUGACAAAGCAUCUGUUUCACACUCAAAUAUCAAACAAAAUACUAUUAAGGUAAUUUGGUGAACGUCAACGCACCUAUGAAGGCUGGCACGGCUAACGGGGAUGGGGGGCGAUCAACAGAUCUCCCGGACGCCUUUGUCUCCCCAGUGCUGAUGGUUACACAGCGUGCCAAGUAACUCGUUUAAGGCUGAGUCAACCGGUAUCCUUUUAUUCGUGCAGGAGAAAGGAAUAAACCCAUUGAGACAACCGCGGCUGCAUUUUCUCUCUUCGGCAUGGGCCGUGCUGGGCUCGUAAACAUCGGGGCAUUUAAGUGCACGCAAUAAAAAUAAUAAUAAUAUUAUUUUUAU